AUGACGUCACAGGCCAGUGUGCUCUGUAUUUACGGAAAUGUCCCACAGAGUUAUGUCUCUACUGGGGCCGUACUGACUGAGCAGCAGCUCUGUAACCCAGCAGAACCAGACCUUCAGGGGACAAAGGUGGAGCUGGAUGAACCAGAACAUUUGGUAAUCAAGGAAGAAUGGGAGGAACCAGAACCUCUUCAGCUGGAGGAAGAAAGCGGUGAACUGGGCGUCCAUCAGGAUAAAGCUCAGCCGAUUCCUGUUAUUGAAGAAAUGGGCCACAGUGAAUCAGAACUAAACGGGGAGCGGCUUCUCUUCCAGAACUCUGGUGAAGGUGGGAUGCUAGUUAAAACAAAAAUUGAGAAUGAACAGAACUGUGUGAAGAUCGAGCAACCGAGCCUGGAUGAAUUCUUGAACCCUGCUUCUCAGGAUAAAUCUUUGUCUGACUGUUUUUACGGGUCAUCAUCAUCAUCUCACUUCAUCCUGGGAGCAUCAUUUCCUCUCAGCCCAGUCCAUGGACCCUUCACAGGCUCAGCACCCGAACUUUUUCACCAUCACGCCAAUGACGCAGUCAUACUGGAAGUUGGAUCAUCCGGUCCCCGUAGUCCUCUCUGUAAACGGCAGAAAGUCAAAUGGAUGGAUCAAACAGCAAAGCAGUUGGUAGAAUCAGCGCUGACCAAGGAACCUGCUGGAGGUCAGAUUCUGCAGGAAUAUAUGCAGACAAAAAGUCUGACAGACUGCUCACGAAGGAAGCUGGUUAACAUCAUUGCUGCAGACAUGAGUGAUAUUUAUGGAACAGCACCUCCACGACGAGUGAGAGAGCGGUACGCUCGGGGCAUAAUUGAAACGUUCCCCAACCUGCGGGACCCAUAUUCCAAAAAUGGAUAUGAGCAUUUCUACAAUGGGGAAAGCGGCACUGGUUUUUUAGCAUGGAGACUGAAAACCCUCCAGAGGAAGAACCCCUCAUCAGAGCGGAGGAGAUCGUCCUGUCGGCUGACUGGAGGUGGACCAACAGCCAGAAGAGAAGCUUCAUUUACCCCUCUGGUGACGCAAAGCCAGGAGCAAACUUCUCAGGAUAGAUCUUUGUCUGACCGUAUUAACGGGUCGUCAUCAUCAUCUCGCUGCAUCCUGGGAGCAUCAUUUCCUCCCAGCCCAGUCCAUGGACCCUUCACAGGCUCAGCACCUGAACUUUCCCAUCAUCGCUCCGAUGACACACACAUCCUGGGAGUUGGAUCAUCUGGUCCUUAUACUCCUCCCAGUAAACGGCAGAAAGUCAAAUGGAUGAACCAAACAGCAAAACAGUUGGUAGAAUCAGCGCUGACCAAGGAACCUGCUGGAGGUCAGAUUCUGCAGGAAUAUAUGCAGACAAACAGUCUGACAGACUGCUCACGAAGGAAGCUGGUUAACAUCAUUGCUGCAGACAUGAGUGAUAUUUAUGGAACAGCACCUCCACGACGAGUGAGAGAGCGGUACGCUCGGGGCAUAAUUGAAACGUUUCCCAACCUGCGGGACCCAUGUUCCAAAAAUGGAUAUGAGCAUUUCUACAAUGGGGAAAGCGGCACUGGUUAUUUAGCAUGGAGACUGAAAACCCUCCAGAGGAAGAACACCUCAUCAGAGCGGAGGAGAUCAUCCUGUCGGCUGACUGGAGGUGGACCAACUGCCAGAAGAGAAGCUUUAUUCACCCCUCUGGUGACGCAAAACGAGGAGCAACAUAAAGAGGCCAUUUCUUUCAUGAAAAACUCUUCUGAUGAGGCCGCCAUCAAGAACAAGAUGAAGACAACGUUUGACUUCCGCCGUAAGAUGGUCCUGGAUAAAAAGAGAUCAUCUGAUAUCUUGAUGGAAUUUCCUCGCUUCAGAGAUGUCAAAGGCCUGAUUGAUCAAGACUUCAUUCUGGAAUUUGGAGAAGACGUGUCCUCCAUGUUUUUGGACAGGUGGCCUAUUUUCAAACAGAAAGUCAUCCAGCAAAGCAAAACUCUCCCCAUCUCGAGUGACCUUGAAAAACUGAUCCAGUGCGCUGAAAGAGCAUCAAGUGAGGAGGAACCAGAGGAGAACCUCUCAUCUGGCUGGGAUAGUGAUCUUUCUUCAAUCAUCCUGCUGCUCCACCUGAUUCCUCCUUCCUGUCAGGGCCGGAAAAGACCUGGCAAGGUUUCUGCAUCCCAGGCUGAGAAGCACCUGGUGGUUUUCCUGAAGAGUGGAAGAAGCAUUCAGGAACAUGUCGAGGCCUUCAGCUCUACAACUCAACCCUAUCUACUUGCUGUCGGGACAAAGAGAAGCUCCAUCCAUGAGUUCUUCAUCGUUCUGAACACGCAGGUCAUCCCCUGCAAGUCAGCGAGUUCACUGGAAGCUUUCGAUGAACUAUUCAAAGCUCACUUUGUAUUUGGUUCAGUUUAUCAUCAUACGCUACACAGUAUGUACACUUUUAUACAAACAACCAUCUACAACAUAGACGUUGGCAAAGUUCAGGAGACUCCACGUGUUGCAGAGAUUCGGGCAAGGCUGCUAAAAUGAAGGGUGGAGGAAUCGGUUCACUUCUGCUUUACGAUGGCAUAGAGAAGUUGCUGGGUUUUUUUCUCAGAGACAUUUUAUCAUUAAAGUUUGUCUUGCAUGUAAGAUUCAAUCAUGGUUUCUGUCAUAAGUCAGUGGCAUAUAGUUAUGUUUCCGCAGUUAUCCAGACAUUGGCUAAACCAGUGAUAGAAAGGCUCCGUAAAACUGGUCCCAGUACUGCUGGUCAAGAUUCUUUGUCAUCCAGGACAUAGUCAUUCCAAAAAAAACCAAACACAUUUCCUUUAAUUGGAUAAAGUCAAGAUUCAAAUGGGAGCAAUUUACCAUUUCAGGACAGAUUUAUAGAUAUAAAAAUAUGCCUGAUGUUGCAUAAUAUUGUUGCAAAACACUAGAAGUACACCGCUCUGAAGACACACCCCUCCAGUGUAGGCUUUAAAAACACUAACUUCUCAUAUUAGUGUCCUAUUUUGCCUGCGGUUCAUGCUGCUCAAAGGCUAGGCAAAGCGCUCCCGGCUGAAGGCUACGCUACGUAGCAACCAAUACCCAUCCGGUGAAGUCUGCAGUCUCUUUCCUGCGAUUCAGAAGGAGCUGAACGCAGUGUUUUUAUCCUUCCUGCGAUUCAAACUGAGUGAACGCAGUGUAUUCUGAAUCCUGCUGCAGCAGAGACAGAGCAGAACAAAUCCAGCUCUGCUAACCGCCGAACAACAGGGGCCCCAAACUUUGUUCGCCAAAGAAGCUGUCGGACCGUGACCGCCUGUGAGACGGAGGGACGGAGAAGCGCAGCAGAAGUGCUACAGGCUGCGGCUACGUGCUAACCACUGUAGCUAAAAGGGAGAAGUCCUGCAUGCUACUGUGAGUUCCAUCGGAUUGAUCCACAUCCUUUUGAGUUGCUGUUGGAUGAACGGACUGGACGGAAGACAGGCCUGCAGAAACUGGACCGACCUGAAGGCCUUCCCUCCAUGGACCAAACAGUAACUGCAUCCCUCCCGCCCCUUCACAUCUGAUGCAUAAUAAGUGUUCUGCUUUGGUGAACUAUAGAUAGAUAGAAUAGUUGUGUUGGUGUUUUUAUUUGAAAUAAGCUAUCUGAUUCAACUGCUGAUGGUUAAAGGUUUAACUGAAUGCUAAUGCUCACUACAGACCGAACGAGUCACGUGUUACUCAGGCUAACUGCUAAAUCAUGAGCUAACCCUCUCUUUGUUUCAGUUGGACCCGACCUGAACCAGAACCCCCGCGGCCAGCUAAGCUAAUGGGUCUUUCAGCCUCAUCAUAGUUUAAUGCAUUCCUGAGUCAUUAUUCAUUUUCCACCAUAAACUGAAUGAAACUUAAUUGUUUUGACUGCAGUUAACAUCUGUCUCAGGGUUUAUUUACAUUUUAUCUGCUGCUAUUAUAAAGGACACUUUUAAAUGCAUUAAGCCUUAAAACUUCGAACAUCACAGACUUUGAACGGACUCUUAAACCCCUCUUUCCUUUUUUGUUUGUUUGCUUAUUUUCAGUAGUGUUUAGUGUUUUGCUUAGUUAUAGAUAUAAUACUGUGUUUGAAGCUAUUAAAGGUACCAUUGUAUUUUUAA